GUCUAUAAAACGACCCAUACCUUCCGUCACAAUAAAAUUAGGAAUAUCUCUAUCUGACAAAAAUCACACGCAAAGAACAAGUCUCGCCGUUUGCUCCUCUUUUCCCUUCCUCUCUUCCCUGCUGCUCACUGCAGUAAUUUCUUACUCACUGACCAUAAUGAGCCGCCAUCCUUCAGUGAAAUGGGCCCAGAGGUCCGACAAUUUGUUCAUCACCGUGCAGCUACCUGAUGCACAGGAUGUAAAGCUUAAAAUCGAGCCCGAAGGGAAAUUUUUCUUCUCUGCUACCAGUGGGGUGGAUAAGAUACCCUAUGAAGUUGAACUUGACCUAUUAGACAAGGUCAUUGUAGAGGAGAGCAAGGCUAGUACUGGCUCCAGAAGUAUCCAGUACAUUGUGAAGAAGGCUGAGAAUAAAUGGUGGAGCAGAUUGAUAAAACAAACCGGAAAACCUCCAGUGUUCUUGACAGUUGAUUGGGAUAAAUGGAUUGAUGAGGAUGAGGAGUUCACUAGCAAGGGAGCACCUGAGGCUGAGAUGGGGGAUAUGGGUUUUGAUUUUCCUAAUCUGAAUCUUGGAGGCGGAGGCUUUGAUGGGCCUGCUCCUGAAAUGGACGAUGAUGAUGAAGAUGACACAGAGGAUGAGAAUGCGGAAGAAGCACCGUCAGCAGAGAAGGAAGUAGCAUCCGCUAGUGGCGAAGCAGACACUAAGAAAACUUGAAGUUUUCCAUGAAAUGUGUUUUGAUGCUCUGAAGUUGCCAUUUUAUUACCUUCAUCUGUUGAAUGUUUGACUUAAAAAGUACCAUAGGUGCUGUAGUUCUACAUCACAAUAUAGUUUGUGAUAGAGGUCAACUAUCGGUUAUGAUGUGGUCUUGCCAUUUAACUUCUAGUGGCACGAAUCGGUCUUUUUUAUAUACAAUGGUACAUGAUGAUGAUGAUGAUCUAUCUAUACAUGCCUGGAUGAGCUGUUUUUCGUUGA